AAAUUCUCACGGUAAAUGUUUUCCAAAAUUUCUUUGAGGUAUACCGCUCCCAACUUGAUAGUAAAAAUAGAGGCGAAAAGAAUAUUUGUAUUCCUCUUAUUCUUACAUCUUUUGGAGAUAUAUGUCGUUGGAAAUUUCCCUGGUGUAUAUCCAGAUGUAUGUUCAGGAAAGUUUUUCACUUCUGCGUCUGAUAGUUUAAAAGUCUCGUUCUUUGAGUCUGCGUCGUAAAAGUCUCCUAAAUAUUCUAACUCCAGUCCCGCAAAACUCCUUAUAAAGCUUUCUAUGUGAGUUAUUACAAACUCUUGUUCUUUUGUUA